GUUCGUUCGAUAUGUAACGCUUAAAUUUUGACAUUUAUAUUGUUUUUGGACGCCAAUUGAUUUUUGGAGGAUACAAACACUAUUUAAAUUUAAGACUAAAUAUGAGUUCAAGCGGUAUGUUAUAUGGAGGAGAUGAAAUAGGAGCGUUGGUUUUUGAUCCUGGACACCAAUCCUUCCGUGUUGGUUAUGCACAAGAGGAUACGCCAAAGGCUGAAAUACCUUCGGUUGUGGCGCUUUAUCCAGAAGAAAAAUCAUCGAAUAAUGUAGAUAAUAAUAGUGUAGCCAAUUCGUACAAAUACUUGGUCGAUACUACGUUCAUCAAUGUACCUCGGUCUAAUACUGAAAUACAGCAUUACAUGAAAGACGGCAUGAUCGAGAAUUGGGACCUAUUUGAGCAGACUUUAAACUAUACGUAUGAAAAAGUUAUUCAGUCUGACUCUGAAUACCAUCCAGUCCUUUUUUCUGAGGCCGCAUGGAAUGUGAGGAAUAAUAGAGAAAAGUUGAUAGAACUUAUGUUCGAAAAAUACAAUGUUCCAGCAUUUUUCUUGGUCAAAAAUGCAGUUUUAGCGGCUUUUGCAAAUGGGCGUGCGACUGCCCUAGUUGUAGACAGUGGAGCGACACACACAUCUGCGAUUCCUGUACACGAAGGAUAUGUUCUCACUCAUGCUGUGGUCAAGUGCCCAUUAGGAGGAGAUUAUCUGUCUAUGCAGUGUCAAAAAUAUUUAGAAGCUCAAGGAAUCGAAUUAAUACCAGGAUAUAAAAUUGCAUCAAAAGAUGUUGUCAAAGAUAGAGAUCCUCCGAGAUACACUCUGAAAACUAAUAUUCCUGAAAGAUUAACAAGUAGCUGGCAGCAAUACAUGAUGAAGUGUAUGUUACAAGAUUUUCAGAUGUCAACCGUUCAGGUACUUGAAACACCGUACGAUGAAAAGACGGCAGCUCAAAUACCGGCCGUGCAUUAUGAGUUUCCAACUGGAUACCAUCAAGACUUUGGACCAGAACGGUACAAGCUUGCAGAAAAUUUAUUCGAUCAUGCAAUGUUAGGAGCGGGGCAGUUGGCAUCGACCAGUGUUUCAAUGUGUGACGCUGAUGUUCGUCUCUCACUCUAUGGGUCUAUUGUUGUAACAGGUGGAAAUACACUUUUACAGGGAUUUCCUGAACGUCUUAAUCGUGAUUUACAACAUCGUGCACCCUCCAAUACUCGUUUGAAGAUGAUAUCUGCAAACAAUAGCGCCGAACGCCGUUUUGGUUCUUGGAUUGGAGGUUCGAUUCUUGCUAGUAUUGGAACUUUUCAACAGAUGUGGAUCUCAGCACAAGAGUAUGAAGAAGGUGGAAAAUCUCAAGUCGAGAGAAAAUGCCCAUCUUACGAAUCCGAUCCUCCGGUUUUCGAUUCCGAACACCGAUUUUUAAUGAGUGCGACAUUAAAUCAUAGUUUUUUUUUUGUCCUAAUAAAAAGUCUUAAUAGUUUUUUUUUAAUAUUUGAAUACUGCGAAAUGGAAGAUAAAGACGUAGUUUGGGGCAAACCUGAUUUAAACGAGAUUCGCAAAUAUUAUGCUACAGCAAGUACUCAGGUGGAUCCACGUUCGGUUUUUGUUCAAGAAACGUUAGAUUCUUCAAUAGAACUAGAUGAAUCUUUUAAAAUAAUUCUUGAAAAACGGUGCCGCAAGCCACUUGUUUCAGGUGAGACUAUUAAACAGUGUGCAGCAAUUGUAGAAAAUACUGCGUAUAAAAAUAAUACAGAUGAAAAUGAAUGUGCAUGGAUGAAUUGUGGGGACGAUACUUUCUUGAAAAUAGAAAAACUUUGUGAAAAAACCAUUUUGGAAGAUUCAAUUGAUGAAGGACGAAAAGCACUUACUGACAUAACCCAACUUAAUGACAUAGAGGCGCCUUCGUUUUUGUUUGAACAAACAACAUUAAAUACUACCCAUUUUCCAAAACAUUCGCCUAUAAACUUGGUCAAUCUCGAAAGACCAAGCACAAUUUUAGAGGAAUCAACGUUCUACGAUUCUACUAAAGACGAAUUAGAAAGUACAUCAAUAAACAUAUCGGAGGAAAAAUGCACAUCGUUGGAUGCAAGUGAGAGCUUUAAAACAGCUCAAAAUCAGACAUUUACAAACGUAUCACAUUUGAAAGAAGUAAUGUACAGUGGUACAAAAGAAAAUGAUAAAAUUAACAUAACAGACAAAACUAUUGAUUUACCGAAUUCUAGUAAAUCAACAUCUACUGAUAACACAUCAAUAAACGAUAACAUCGAAUGUUUGGAUUUUAAUGAUACCCUUGAGGAAAUGGAUUUCAUUAUGAAGCAUGGUAUGAAGUUUAUAGAGAAACGACAAGCUAUCUCCAAGACAGAAAGUUUUCAAGACAUACAACCAAGAGUAAAACCAAUAAGUUUUUUCGCAACGUUAGAAUGUCAGUCUAAGAAAGUUGAGACAAACUCCCAGUUCAAAAAGCCCAUGGUUAAACACAAUACAAAAAAGUUUGAUCACAUUGCAAGUCCUAUUCAUGCAUAUAUAAGAGAUGCUCCACAAUACCCUCUUGUGACGAAACAAAAAGGUAGAUCUGGUUUAAUAGAGCAACUACAUGAUCCAACACGUCGUGAUACUGUUUAUCACAACAAAGACUUAUUUUCAAAAAAUAUAUCUUACGAGCCUCCAAUCCCAUCGAAAGGAGUAAUUUCUGCUGCAAAAGCACAGUUUUUUGAUGCUCGAACCCCAGUAAAAAUGCCCGGAGGCGAAAAAAUACUUAAACUGAUUCGGCCUACUCCGACCGUUAUCAAACAUCAAGGGCGUUAUAAGUCAUAUACAAACGUUCAAAUUAAUGCGAAUAACACAAUAGACGACAGCUCGCAAAAUUUAUCAAUGGCUUCAGCUGAUGUAUCUAUUAAGGUAUUAAAAAAUGUCAAUCGAUUGUAAACAAGCUAUUCUUGAGAAAAAAGUUGUUAAGUCUAAUUUUUUAUAAAUAAGUAAUUUUAAAAGCUAAAGUGUCUAUGCAAUUCAUAAUAAAAAAUAA